AUGCACGACAUAUUUCGGUGUCCACUCGUCAGCCCCUGUUGUCAGCAAACCUUCUGCGAGGACUGUAUUAUCGGUUGGCUCUCAACCAACAGCACCUGUCCUUACGAUCGCAAAAAGUUAAAGACAACUCAUUUGGUGCGACCGCCCAGGCUUGUGUUGAAUAUGUUGUCCAAUUUGCGACUUCACUGCCCCCACAAAGAUAAGGGAUGCGACGAAGUGCUGACUCUUGAAUGCCAUGACAACCAUAUAAUUACCUGUCGUUUCAAUAAGAAAACUUGCGGCAAAUGUUUGUGCGAAACACUCAGUGAACACAAUUGUGUCGAUAGUCUUCUCCAACAGAACCGAGUGCUCAGAGAAGACGUCCAAACGAUUAACACUUCAAAUCAUUUAUUGAACGACAGAUUACGGGAAUGUAAGCGAGAAAAAGAAACACUUUUGCAAACCAUUCACAAACUGACCACAAAGAGUCCCCUUUUGAAGGCGAAUAACUUUCCUAAACUAACAGAUUACCAGCUGAUAGUGGAGUCGAGACAAUACAGUAACGCACCGGUGGUCAGCCAUAGGGACACAUCGGAUGCGAUGACAGCGCAGAUCAUAUCGAUUGCAACCCAAGCGUUAAAUUGCGAGCAAAAUGUGUUUGAUUUGUGCAAAACAAUUAAGGAGUCGAUUGAGUGCGAAAUGGACGGCCUCUGGCACUGCACCGCCUUUUACGAUGACAUCGGCAGCCAUUCCUUCACAUUUGACGAC